UGGCGCCUGCGGUGCAGUCAGGUGUGCAGGCGCUGAAGGCACUCUGGGCCCGUAUGGCGAGCUGGUGGCGCGCGUUUCCACGCGCGGCGCGGCGCUAUCCGUGGCCCACUAACGUGCUGCUGUACGCCGGGCUCUUCUCGGCGGGUGAUGCGCUGCAGCAGCGGCUGCGGGGCGGCCCGGCGGACUGGCGGCAGACGCGGCGCGUGGCUACACUGGCCGUGACCUUCCACGGCAACUUCAACUACGUGUGGCUGCGCCUGCUGGAGCGCGCGCUGCCGGGCCGCGCGCCACGCACGGUCCUGGCCAAGGUGCUGUGUGACCAGACUGUCGGAGGGCCGGUAGCCCUCUCUGCCUUCUAUGUCGGGAUGAGCGCUCUUCAGGGAAAGGAUGACAUAUUGUUGGACCUGAAGCAGAAGUUCUGGAAUACAUAUAAGAGUGGUCUGAUGUACUGGCCUUUUGUGCAGCUGGCCAACUUCAGCCUGGUCCCUGUGCACUGGAGGACAGCUUACACUGGACUCUGUGGCUUCCUCUGGGCCACCUUCCUAUGCUUUUCACAGCAGAGUGGCGAUGGCACACUGGAGUCCAUAUUCAUCCUCCUUCGCGGGUCCCCAGAGAAGUAAAGAGUCCAGGACUCCCCUCUCUCCAUUUCUCUCAAUCACCUGCAGCAGGCCUGCUCCACUGACUGACUAUGGGCUCCAUCAUGAAGAACUACUAUUCCAUAGGCCCACUUUUUUUGAAAUUAACAAUGAUUAUUUU